AUGUCAAUUGCCCAUAAAAGUCGCACAGAGCUUUUGACGCUUGCGAGGACGUUGGUCCAGCCAUUAUCGAGUCGUUUCCACAAGGGCCAAGCUGGAAAAAUUGCUGUAAUUGGAGGUUCGGAGGACUAUACUGGAGCGCCAUUUUUUGCGGCUCAUUCGGCCGCCACCGUAGGUGCAGACUUGAGCCACGUUGUAUGUGAGAUUGGGGCCGCUACGGUCAUAAAGAGCUACUCACCAGACCUUAUGGUCCAUCCUUAUUUGCAGGAAGCUGCCCAUGCUCCCAAAGCCAUAGGCGACAAAGUGCGAAAAAUUCCGUUGGAAAAACUUCCUGAAGCCAAUGCUGAAGUGGAUUCGUAUGUGGACGAAAAUGUCAUGCCCAAAGUGCUUGCAUUGCUUGAACGAAUCGAUGUGGUGGUGUUGGGACCGGGUUUUGGUCGCGACCAUCUUAUGCUUCGCACUUUGGUGAAGAUACUCGAGCAGAUAAAAGUGAUGAAUAAACCUGUUAUAUUGGAUGCCGAUGCACUCUUCUUGGUUGCCAAGGCGCCGCUGGUGGUGAAAAACUAUAAGAAUGCAAUAUUGACUCCAAAUGUGGUGGAAUUUGGUCGUCUCGCCGAAGCGGUUGGAGUCGAUCCAAAAGCGGAUUCGGCCGACGGAGCCAUGCAGCUUUCGAAGGCGCUUGGCGGCGUGACCGUGGUUCGAAAAGGAGCUCAGGAAAUCAUUGCUCAGGAAGAUUUGCAUGUCGUUAGUGAUGCCCCAGGACUGCCCCGCCGAGUCGGAGGUCAAGGAGAUACACUCACAGGAGCCAUAGCCACGUUUGUAGCAUGGGCACAGAACUACCAUCGCGGAUUAUGGGACGUUUCAACAAACCUUUCAAAACAGGAACUGAGAAUUAUUGCCUGUUUUGCAGCCGCCAAUGUAGUGCGAGAAGCGUCCCGGUUAGCAUUUGCUUCCAAACGCCGCGCCAUGCAGACCAGCGACGUGCACAACCACCUUGGAGAAGCCUACGAAACAUUGAUCGGAUCGGAGCACGGAAAGAUGUGA